AUGGUCGAAUCCGCCGACUGCCCGGAAAUUUCUCCUGCUGUGACUCGUGCUUCCCCUUCAAUAAUCUCUUCUUGCGUAAAAGCACAUCGACCAGCGCCGGAAAACAGGCCAGAAGAGACGGUUGAUGCAUUCGAGCCUCGGCCUGGACCCAUUCAUUCAAGAGGCCUUCUUCCGGCUAAGCCAAUGGCAACGACUGUGAUUUCCGGGGUGGACACCCGCCUGUCGCCCGGAAAUCAGACCGCGAUAUCUCCCCACAGCCAACGGCUGUCCGAUCCCGAGAGCAAUCAUGAAGCGUCUACUGCACGGCGGAAGAGAAAGGCGUCGGAGCCGCUGGUCAGUAAGGCCAACGGCCCGAGACAGAAAAUCACCCGUGCCUGUGAUCACUGCAAGGAGAAGAAGACCCGGUGCACGGGGACUCUGCCUUGUGUGAGAUGUACACGGCUCUCCCUGCCUUGUGAAUACAACGCCGCCUAUUCGAGAGGCCUACCUCCUGAGCCACCACCGGCUCCGCCAUCCAUAGCGGCCAAGUAUGCGGCUGGCAAUCCGAUCCCUCGGGCUAGUCGUGCGAGCCUCUCCUCGAUAUCUCACCGAUCUACAAGGAGCUCCCCACGAGCCGUGGCACCUGUGCAGCAGGCGGCGCCGAGGCAGAGGGCGGAGGUGUCAGACCGUAACUCGCCCGACCCGGUGGCCACGGACUUUGAAGGAAAUUAUCUUGGACCUGCGUCUGGGGUGUCUUUCCUCAAUCGGGUGUGGCGUCGCUUGCGCCAGGAUGAGUUACACGCUGUGCCGGAUAACCUGCAGGAUGAAGGAUGUGCUAAGAACGCGCCGGUUUGCAUGUUCGGCGAUAAGCCUUACACGAACUACCACGACACCGGCUUUACUCUUCCACCUUUCGAGAAGGCCAAGGAUCUCGUGACCAUUUAUUUUGAUUUUUCUAUGGUGACUUACCGAUUUUUACAUCGAGGGAGUGUGGAGGCAUGGCUGAAACAGGUGUACGAGCUCAACAUUUCCUCGUCGAACCUGCCGACGGGAUGCACGUUAUAUGAGGAGCAGAAGCCGGGGCAGCCGCCAGGCUCUUUGAGCGGAAGUGAACGGUGGUAUGCGGCGUCAAAGCACAUGUCGUCACUAGAAGCUGGGCCUCCACGGUUAGAGACUGUUCAGGCGCGACUGGGCCAGUGUCUCUAUCUUCUCUCGUCAUCGAGGGCUAAUGAGUGCUGGUAUGCAUUUGGCACAGCAUUACAACUCGUAACUGCCCUGGGGCUGCAUCGGAAAUGCCCGGCCAAGGUCUCGAGAAACGGCAACAGCUAUCUCGAACGCGAGCUUCGAAAACGAAUCUUCUGGAGCGCGUAUACGUUAGAUAAGUAUCUCAGUGUCAUGUUUGGAAGACCACGCUUGCUUCAUGAUGAAGACACCGACCAAGAGUUGCCGGAUGAGAUGAACGACGAGGAUAUGCUGGAGGAGGAUCCGGAGCGAAGAACCGGGUCCGCGGACUGCAUGAUGAUUGCCUCUGUUCUUCAUUUCAGACUUGGUCGUAUCCUUGGCGAGAUUUCUCGACAGCUCUAUACAGUGAACCCCCGUUCUCGUGAUCCACCGCUUGAGACAGCGGUCCGUCUCGUCUCAGAGCUGGAAAGAUGGAGAGAAACUGCCCCUCCGCUGUUCAACGGCGUUCGGCCGUCCAGUUUGAUUCCACCACUAUGUCGCCAGAGCCAAGUGCUGCAGCUGGCGUAUUCGCACUCCAUGAUUCAUGCGACACGGUCCUUCCUUUUAAAUGACUUCACAGACUUGGGUCGCAGGCCUUCAAUCCCCCAUCCCACCGUAACAGGCCAUAUCCGUAAGUGCAUAGCGGCUGCCGAGGAUGUCAUGACGCUGGUGGACGGCCUCGGUAAACAAGGUGUCUUGAUACAAUCGUUUUGGUUCACCCAUUAUGUGUGUUUCUGUGCCAUCACCGUGGUCUAUAUCUACACGAUUCAGCAAUAUCGAUUAAGCUCUUCACUGCAAGCAUCUUCAGAUGUUGUGGAGGACACGGAUCGCCUACGAUUCCUUUUCACUCUGGGAGAGUCAUGCCAGCAACACCUUGCGGAGGCCACGCGCAAGAACUGCCCGAGUCGUCGAUACAGUAUAAUUCUCGAGGAGUUGAGAUUGGAAGUGCACCGGCAAAUUGGUGCCCCCUUGUCCCUCGACCAGUCUGGAAACUCUUCAGAGGGUAUACUUGACUCGUCGUUAGGAAACCAGGAUACUAGCAUGGGGCAAAGGGCUGCUGACAUGUCUAGCAUUGGUCUCCCGGGAUCUCUCAAUGCCGAGUCUAUGGGCUAUACCGAUGGGUUGCAGGCGGAUGCUCUGUUAGGGACCCAGUUCGCCCCGGACGAAGAGUUCGGGCUUCUUGAUAACCUGGAUGGCUCCAUUUGGUGGACCCAACUGGAUUCCUGGGCCUUUUCCAACCUUCCGAACGAUCCUUCCAACGCGGCCUUAUAG